GGUAAUAAUAUAAGAACAGCAGUUCCUGAAGAAAAGAUAUCAAUUUAAAUUUGAUAAGGACUGCAAGUAUGGAAUCUGCAUCAAUAUUUUUAAUAGUUGCAGCACUUGUUAUAGGAAUAGUAUCAACUGACGAUGAACUUAGAGAUAAACGAAGGCCAGGAUGGGGUAAAAGAAGUGACAUUGACUUAGAGACAGAUUUUUCAGAUUCAAUAAUGGAAAAACGAAAACCGGGCUGGGGCAAACGUGAUAUGAACGAACUUGAAAUGAAUAAACGAAAACCUGGUUGGGGUAAAAGAGCUGGUUUGAACUCUGAUUAUUUUGACAAAAGAAGCCCUGGAUGGGGUAAAAGAAGAUUCAAUGAGGAUAUAAAAAGUUUUGUUGAUAAAAGACGGCCUGGCUGGGGGAAAAGAACAGCGGAUUUGCUAGACUCUCUCAAUAAUGAGAUUAAUAAACGCGCACCAGGAUGGGGCAAACGGUCAGAAAUGGAAAAGAGAAAACCUGGAUGGGGAAAAAGAACAUUUCCAGAACCAAGUGAUAAAGACUCAACUUACUCCAAUUUACCUUAUGAUAUUUCAGACAUUUUAAACAAGCGUGCUCCAGGGUGGGGUAAGAGGUCGUCCGACAUUUUUGUAGAGCGGCGAAGGCCGGGAUGGGGUAAAAGGGCGCCCGGAUGGGGAAAGCGCUCUAAUGAACCAACCUGUCAAGAUAUAGAUCUAGAAAUACAGCGACUGCUGAAUACGAUAUUAAAGGUAUGA